UGGCGACGAGUGAAGGCGCAGCGCCGCAGCGUUCGGAGCGCAGACAGACGCGAUCAUGGCCGAGACCAGCGCCGAGUUCGAGAGCGAAGUCAAGCAGGAGGAGUCGCCCGGUGCCUCCCCGAACACCGAGGGGGACGAAGACGCGCCGUCCGAGAACACUAACGGCGUUAAAAAUGAGGAUGAGGAGGAGACUUCCAAGGAGAAAUUGGAGGGCAAGGAGAAGUCUUCCAGUGGCCGGAAGUCCAACCGCUACCACCCAUACAAGGAGCGUCACGGGGGAUCCGGAGACAAGAAGUCUGGCCACCGAAACCGCGUGUUCAUUAGCAAUAUCCCUUAUGAUAUGAAGUGGCAGGCAAUUAAAGAUCUAAUGCGAGAGAAAGUCGGUGAGGUUACAUACGUGGAGCUCUUUAAGGAUGCUGAAGGAAAGUCAAGGGGUUGCGGGGUGGUUGAAUUCAAAGACGAGGAGUUUGUGAAGAAAGCUUUGGAGGUCAUGAAUAAGCACGAUCUUAAUGGAAGGCCUCUGAACAUUAAAGAGGAUCCUGACGGAGAGCAUGCACGGCGAGUGCUGCAGCGCUCUGGGUUCUCUGGGGGCAGGGGGUCUGAUGGGGGUCCGGCAGGGAUGAAUUUGCCCCCCUCCAUCAUCAACAACCCCAACAUCCCUCCAGAAAUAAUCAAUGCGCUGCAGGCUGGACGUCUUGGGUCCACAGUGUUUGUGGCCAACCUGGAUUUUAAGGUGGGCUGGAAGAAGCUGAAGGAAGUGUUCAGCAUGGCCGGCACGGUGAAGAGGGCGGAUGUGAAGGAGGAUAAAGAUGGGAAGAGCAGAGGAAUGGGCAUAGUCACCUUUGAGCAGUCGCUGGAGGCUGUGCAGGCCAUCUCCAUGUUUAAUGGUCAGAUGCUGUUUGACAGACAGAUGCAUGUGAAAAUGGAUGAGAAGUCUCUUCCUUCGGAUGACUUCCGUUCGGCCGAUAAAGCGCCUCAAUUGCCUCGUGGUCUUGGGGGUAUUGGGAUGGGUUUGGGUCCUGGUGGUCAGCCAAUUAACACCAACCGUCUGAGCGGAGGAGGAGGAGGAGGAGGUGGUGGUGGUGGAGGAGGAGGAGGAGGAGGAGGUGGAGGUGGAGGAAUGAACUCCAUGGGAGGAAUGGAUGGAGGUAGUUAUGGAGGCAUGAACAGGAUGGGAGGAAUGGGUGGAUCAGGGUUUGGAGGGAUGGAUGGAGUGGGUGCUAUGGGUGGAUUCGGAGGGAGAGACAUGGCGCCCAUGGGCCGGAUGGGAGAUAUGUAUCGUGCUGGUAUGGGUGGAAUGGACCGUGACUUUGGCCGCAGUGAUAUGGGGAUGAACCGUCCUUUUGGAGACUCGUUUGGGGGUCUAGGAGGCGGAAUGGGGGGAUACGGAGGAGGAAUGGGAAAUGCUGGAAUGGGACCUAUGGGCGCAGGAUUAGGAGGGAUGGGCAAUAUGGGCAUGGACCGCAUGAGUGGGGGUUUCGACCGGAUGGGCGGGAACAUGGAUAUGAGCCGAGGCUUCGGCCAGUACGGAGGCGGCUCUGGUCACAUGGGCGGCAGCAUGUCGGGCAUGGGGUCAAAGGCAGGGUGCCAAAUCUUUGUGAGAAACCUGUCUUAUGAUCUCACGUGGCAGAAGCUGAAGGAGAAGUUCAGCCACUGUGGUCAGGUGAUGUAUGCCGAGAUAAAGAUGGAGAACGGGAAGUCCAAAGGCUGCGGGACGGUGCGGUUCGACUCUCCGGAGAGCGCCGAGAAGGCCUGCAGGCUGAUGAACGGAACCAAGAUAAACGGCAGGGAGGUGGACGUACGCCUCGACCGCAAUGUGUAAACAAGAUAAACGCUCUGUCACAGCACCCCUCCUCCAUCAGGUCGUCCCCAAACUGUCCCUUUCAGGCCAUUGUUUUGUUUUAAAAACACUUUUCUAAACUUUUGGACUGCAUCUCUCUCACAUUCAUACACAGUGACAUCAUCAUAAUCAGACUCGUAGUGGAUGUGCAUAAUGUUUUGUUUAUAUACCGUGACUUUUUUUUUUUUCUUUUUUUUUUUUCUUUUUUUUUGUAAACCCUUUUUAAUUUGUGGAUCACCAGUAUAUUUGGAUGAAAAACAAUAAACUUUUUAAUUUUUAAGCUCCGCCGUCUUGACUGUGGUCUCGAUUUAAAGCGUAUGAGCUGCUGGGUGAGCAUACGGUCAAAGAUUACAGCAAAAUAAACAAAUAAAUGCGUUUAUAUUGAAACGAAUCUGGUCUAAAACCCUAUAAAACUUUACAGAAGGCUUCCUCGUAAAGUUCGGCGAGUAACUGAAAUACCAGUCGUGACUUUGACACCGUCUUCCUUACGGCUUUAACUGUCCCCACAAGGACUUUACGCUCUGUGGAGAUACAGCAGGGCUUUUAGAGGCAUUAACUUUCUGUUGGUUUACCUGACAGGAGUUAAAACGAACCUAUUAACUUUCCCCAGUGUGAAGAUCACUGUUUCUAGCAUGAUUUAAAUGCUUUAUAUGUAACAUGUUUUUAUAUGUAGUAAUUCAAACUUGUGAAUUGUUUAUUAAGUUUAGAAGAGCUGUCUGGUGAUUUAUACAAAUGCUUGUUACGUUUACGCAGCGAUUGUAUUUAUAAGAGCCCAGUUAAGAAAAGGUCUGCAUUUGAUGGGCAAAAUAAUAGAAACGCUACAGUAAGGCGUAUUGGAAGAUGCCAUAACAGUGCAGACCUGUUUUAAUACUGAUCCAAAUACGCAUCUGUUACAAAACACUGUACACGUAUUUAAAAGAUGGUAUGUCUUCAGAGAUGGUUUAGCUUUUGAGUUGAAAUAAAUUGAACAUUAAGGAUCA